UGUAUAAAUAGCCAUGGUCUUCCCAGCUCAGUUAUAAAGUUACGCAGACCUGCCCGUGUCUUUGGCAUUGCAGAGUUAAUGCGAUAGGUUAGCAGACAUGUGCUUUAAGAAUUUGUUGUUGCUUGUACGGGACAUGAGAAGAGAUGGACAAGGACGUGAGCUGUCGCUCUGUGUCUAACCAUACACUAAAGCAAAGGUUCCUUCAGGCUUUAAAAUCGAAUGACUUUGUAACAUUGGAAAACAUCUUAGAACAAGGCAAAAUAGAUGUGGAUACCGUAUUUGAAGUUGAAGAUGAGAAUUUAGUUCUGGCAUCCUACAAACCAGGUUAUUGGUUGCCCAGUUAUAAACUGACAUCAUCAUGGGCAACUGGGUUGCACAUUGCCGUUAUGAUGGGAUACCUGGAGAGUAUAUUAGUAUUGCUGCAGCACCACGCCUCCAUCAACAGUCAACCCAAUGGGAAGACGCCCUUACAUGUGGCAUGUGAAGUUGGCAAUAUAGAUUGUAUCAAGAUUCUUGCUGGCCAUAAAGCAAAGCUUAACAGUUUCUCAGUGAGCGGACUGGCGCCAUUACAUUACUGUACGACUAGAGAAUCCAUCGAUUGUGCCAAGGAGCUGGUAUGGAGUGGCGCAAAUAUAAACUUGCCAACCAACAAUCAAAUGGAAGAAUCGCCUUUGCAUACUGCUUGCCGUAUCGGAGUCCCUGAGCUCGUGGCAUUUUAUGUCAAUCAGGGUGCAUACGUGGACAGUGUUAAUGCAAGUCUGGAAACACCUUUGGCAACUGCUGCUUACUGGACACUUAAUAUAAAGGAACAGAAAUACAGCACCCGGCACCACGUGAUCUGUAGGAUGUUACUGGAUUAUGGUGCUGAUGUCAAUUCUCGGGAUGAAGAUUAUAAAGCUCCACUCCAUAAAGCAGCUUGGAAUUGUGACCAUGUGCUUAUGCAUAUGAUGCUGGAAGCCGGUGCUAAGGCCAAUGUCAUGGAUGUUAACGGAUGUGCACCGCAGCAAUACGUCUUAAAAGUAACUUCUGUCCGGGCAGCUGCACAACCAGAGAUCUGCUAUCAGUUACUAUUAAAUCACGGAGCAGCGAGAAUUUAUCCCCCGCAGUUUCACAAGGUCAUACAAGAGUGCUGCGGCUACCCAAAAGCGGUGGAAGUUAUGGCCAAUGCUUAUGAACACAUCACAGCAACGUCAAAAUGGAGGAAAGCUAUUCCAGAUGAUGUAUUUGAGAGGCACCAGAAAUUCUAUGAAGGUCUUUUUGAAGUGUGCAGUAGCUCUCCUAGGUCACUCCUGCAUUUGACCCGAUGUGCAAUCCGAGCAAUAUUGCGAACGGAUUGUCACCAAGUCAUUCCGCAGCUUCCACUUCCAGCGACAUUAAAGAAAUAUCUCCUUCUAGACCCACAAGGACGAUUCUACUGACCUUGCCGCACUGUAUAUCUAUUUUUAUCUUCAGCAUGAGGUUUGACAAAGUGCAUCAUAUGUGCUCUAGUUCACAUACAUUCAACUGUGUGUCCCUACUCAUCUGAUUCUUUCUCUAUAUUCUGUGAUAAGUGUGCAUUCCAUACCUUCCACCACGGUGAGUAAUAAAGCCAGCAACGGGAUCGGUGGGCCCUUUAAGGGAUUGCCAGUGGUUUAGCACAGGUGAAACCCAAUGUCCCCCAAAGGGGUAUGCCCACCUGAAAGGAUCAUAUCAGUCUGGUAUGAAUGCAUGUUAGGCUGAUUGGACAUCACACUGAACAGUCCAUCUGAUGCUCCAUAUGUGUGAAG